AAAUCUUAAACCCUCUAAAUAACUUAUUAUAUUACCCAAUAUUUAAAGAGAAAAUUCCAUUUUUUAGAGAUAAAUCUAUAGUGAUCUCCAAUUAUUUUGGAGAUCAAAGAAUUUACUUAUCAAAUCUAAUAACAAAUUUAAAUUCAAACUUUAUACCUUAUCUAAAUAUUAAUUUGAAUUUCCUAAUAAUUUCAAAAAAAAUUGGCUCAAAAUUUUUUGCUUUAAAUAAUUGGAAUCAAUUGAAGUUGAAAUCAAUCAAUUAUAUAGAGGAUCCAAAUAAUAAACCCCCGCUUAUAGAUAAUAAAGAAAAAGAGAAGACUGAUACUGAAAAUCUCGAAAAUCCCGAAAAUGAUGAAAAUAAUAAAAAAGAAAAACUAGAAGCUUGGGAAACUAAUAACUCAAUAGCAAAACUAGAUCUUCCAUUCAUGUUAAAUCAUUUAUGGUUGGAGGAUACUUAUGCAAACUGGAAAUUAAUGGAUAUGAACAAUCCAAAAUAUCACAACUUUAAAGAUAACCUUUUUAUUCCUCUAGCAAAAACUCCUGUUAAUUUGGAUCUUGAUUUAGAAAACAACAUUAACACCCAAGUGCAACUUGAAGAUUUGCAAGUUGAAAACAUUUAUGGAAUCAAUAUUGAAGAUGAGAUUGAGAAUAUUAAUGAUGAUGGUUUACAGUUUAAAAAUAGCUCCCCCAUUAAAAUUUUGAAUAAUAAUGAUGAUAUUAAUAAUCUUAUUAAAACACCCAUCAACAUCACUUAUAGUAUAUCAAAAACUAAUGAAAUUCAAAAUAAUGAAAAUUAUAAAAACGGAACGAAAGAAAUUAAUGAAAUUGGUAAAACUGAUAAAAAUAAUAAAAAUAAUAAAAAUAAUAAAAAUAAUAAAAAUAAUAAAAAUAAUAAAAAUAAUAAAAAUAUCGAAAAUAUCGAAAAUAUCGAAAAUAAUGAAAAUAAUGAAAAUAUUGUAAAAACACCAACAAAUAAAAAGACCAGCGAUAUUCCCUUCAAUUCAGCGUUACGACUUUUAUCAACGGGUAGAAAAGCUAAAAACAAAGCCGCUGAAAAAUUGCAUUCGGAUAUAGAAGAAUUGAAUGUAUUUGAGAAACAGCAUCGGUAUAAAGCAACUCCAAAGUUGCCAAGUGAAAUAAAACAAGAGAAAAUAAAUAAAAUAGAAAAAGAGAAAAAAAAAUUGGCUCAACAAAAAAAGAGAAAAUUUUCUGAAAUUAAAGCAAACAAUAGUGAAAACGGAAAUAAAGAAAAUAUUGUUGAGUAUAAUGAAAUUGAAAAUGAAAAUGUAUUGAGUAGACAAGAAGAUGAUAGUCCUUUGAAGAAAAUGUCUCGAAAAAAAUCUAUAACAUCUGCUAAAAAGAAAAGAUUAAGUAAUUCGCUUGCUGCUGAUUUGAUGACAAUAACUGAAUCAAAAUCUUCUAAAUCUCCGAAAUUAUUAACAAGUCAUAAACCAAUUGAAAGUAACACAGGUUUUUCAAAACCAAAUUUUGAUAUUGUGUAUAUUAUAACUGGCUAUUCAGAGAUUUCUAGAACUGACCAAGGAUUUUUAGAAUCUUAUGGGGUCAAGUAUCAAAAGGAUCCAACCAAAGUUAAUACGAUAAUUGCUCCCAAAGUGUUGCGAACAGAAAAGUUUCUUAUAGCUUUGGGUAAAGGUCCAAAAUACAUACUAAAUCCCAAAUUUAUUGAGGAUAUUUUGAUUCUUAUUAAGAGUAAUAACAUUGAUGAGUUGAAGGAUAUCGAUCCAAUAACAUAUUUAAUUGAUAAAUAUGAUAAAAAAGCUGUCAGUGAUUUAAAAAUACCCUUAAUGACUUUGAUACAGCGAUCAAUUGAAAAAGUCAAAAGCAAAAAAUUAUUGUUUGAUGGAUUGAAGUUUAAUGUCACAAGUUUUCUUCCUGGAAAUCAAGUUAUUGUAAAUAGAAUAUUAUCCUCUCACGGAACAGCUUCCAAAUCAAAGUUAAUCAAAAAUGCGCAUUCUCUAAGGCAAUUGAGUGCAAUUGAAGUUUGUGAUGAUGGUGAAAGUUGCUACUUGGUUACUGAAAAGCCCGAUCUUGAUCAAGAAAACGUUGAUAAGGAUAACAGAGAAAAUAUUAAAAUAAUAAACAGAUUUAAUGCAUUGUGUUAUAAAAAUAAGAAAAAAGCUUUUGUUAUUGAAUGGAAUUGGAUUGUCAAUGCGAUUUUUAGUAUGAGUUUGGAUCAGCUUGACAAGUUUAAAAUUACUAUAUGAUAGGUUUUUUGUUUUUGUUUUUCGUUUUUGUGUUUCAUUUUUAUUUCCGUUUUCUUUGUCAAAUCUAUGUUUUUUUUAUAGUCAAUUAGUUACAUUUUUUAUAUUCUAUUUUACAAAGGCUUGAUAAGGAAAGUAUUACAUAUAAUAUAUAAAAUUUAGCAUUUACUAAUAGAAAUAUCCCAAA